GUCAAACCUCUGCACCAGACCCUUACUUCCUUUCGGCCAAUAUGGCGGCCCGCGAGGCUCGUCGAAUUAGUUUGAACGGAAGCGUUCCCUCGGCUACAAAUUCUUAGCUCUAUACGCAUCAAGAAUGGCAGGAUGUUAUUAUAUUGGUGUUGAUGUCGGAACAGCGAGCGUCCGCGCUGCUCUAGUGGCUAGUGAUGGGAAAAUCGUGUCGUGCGCGACUCGACCAUUACAAAUAUGGCAACAGUUACCGGACUAUUAUGAACAGUCGUCAGAAGAUGUGUGGCGUAAUGUCUGCUUAGUUGUCAAGGAAGUUUCUGAAGUUCUCACUCACAAGGACUCCCUCCAUAAGAUAAGGGGUAUUGGUUUUGAUGCGACCUGUUCCCUGGUAGCUCUAGACUCUACAGGACAUGCUGUCACUGUUAGUCCCUCCAGAGAAGCCCAUAGAAACAUUAUCAUGUGGCUGGACCAUCGCGCUUUGGACCAGGCCCAAAGAAUUAAUAACACAAAGCAUAAGGUGUUGUCUUAUGUUGGUGGAGGGGUCUCGCCAGAAAUGGAGAUUCCAAAGAUACUUUGGUUGAAGGAGAAGUUGCCUGGUGACUGCUGGGAAAAAUGUGCUCUUUUUCUGGAGUUGCCCGAGUUUCUUACUUAUAAAGCAACAGGUGACCAAACAAGGUCUAUGUGCUCUCUUGUUUGCAAAUUCAAUUAUAUGGGUCAUGAGUCUCAAAUUCCAGAAGGUUCUAGGAAUGGUUGGGUGGACUCUUUCUUAGAAGCCAUUGGCCUUGACGAUCUUAUAAAUACCAACUAUUCCAAGAUGGGUACAAAAGUGGCCAGUCCUGGAGAGUCAAUCAGCAACGGAUUGACCAAAACAGCUGCUGCUGACUUAGGAUUAUGGGAAGGGAUGCCAGUUGGCACUGCACUCAUUGAUGCACAUGCUGGGGGACUGGGUGUAAUUGGAGCAGAUCUGAGUUUGGUUCUCAAUGAAAACAAACCCUUAACUUCACGCUUAGCUGUUAUUUGUGGGACAUCAUCCUGCCAUAUGGCUAUAAAUGAAAAUCCGGUGUUUGUUCCCGGAGUGUGGGGCCCAUACUUCUCUGCGAUGGUUCCAGGCUUGUGGUUGAAUGAGGGAGGCCAAAGCGUUACUGGAAAACUGAUAGACCACAUGAUAGAGACUCACAUGGCGUAUAAGGAAGUAAAAGAAAAAGCUGAAAGGAGUGGCUGUUCCGUGUAUGAGGAACUUAACCAGCAUUUGACUGCCCUGGCUAAGAAACGACAGCUUGGUAACCUAGCAUUGCUUUCACGAGACUUUCACGUGCUUCCGGAUUUCCAUGGCAACAGGUCACCGGUGGCUGACCCAAAUAUGACAGGAAUGAUUUGUGGAUUAACUCUUACAGUUGAUCUUGAUGGCCUGGCAGUUCUAUAUCUAGCCACGCUUCAGGCUCUAGCACACGGAACUCGUCACAUUAUAGAAAGCAUGAACAAAGCUGGACAUUUCAUCGAUACUCUGUCUCUUUGUGGCGGACUUACCAAGAACGAAUUGUUUAUUCAAACUCAUGCUGAUGUGACAGGAUUUCCUUGUGUUUUACCGCGCGAGAGUGAGUCAGUGCUCGUGGGCUCAGCGAUUUUGGGAGCAUGCGCAUCAGGCGACUUUACCUCUAUCCAGGUUGGUACAUGAACACUGUAACCUCGACGGUGACAUCAUUAAAAGAUCAAAUUUCUGCUUAAAAUAUUAAUGCAAAAUCAACUACGCGGGUGAUACGAAAAUAGGAACUGAUCACCAAAGAAAAACUGUCUUCAAACAUAGGAUAAAUAACCUUAAGGUCAUUUCCCAGUAUUGCAUUGCGCAUCCUUGCUGCGCAAUGCGCGUGAUUAGCGCGUGCGCAUUAAAAAAUGGCGGCUUUUCC